GCAGAUAUCUCCCCUGUGUGUCCUGGCUCCGGCGCUGAGCGCAGACAGGCCGGGGCGAUGCUGCAGCGCAGCUGCUGCGGGUCCGUGCCUGGGGCAGGCACUGCAGCCUCGGGGAGCCCCGGCAGGGUCGGGGAGCGUGGCUCUGAACCCUGCGACAGCGUUUGCAUUAAAAUGCGGGGAAGCGAUGAACCCAUCCAGAUCACAGCAUCGCCCUGCUCCCCGGCGGUGCCUGGCCCAGCCCUGCCCCGAGCUGGAGCAAGGGCAGCACCUUCUCCCACCAGCCUGCUUUUGGAGACCUGCCCGGAUUCAAGGGGAACGAAGGACGGCUUCCGUGUCUCAAGUGACUCUUGCCCAGGAAAAUAAGCAUGAGGAGAAGGUCCAGGAUCCUGACAGAGAGAAGGACGAGCCUAAGGCAGACAUGGGGAGCAAAACCUGGGCAGACCUGGCUGGGGAGAUGAAGAUAUUCUUGUGGAAUCCGGAGGAGAGAACAUGCUUGGGGAGAACAGCCAAGAGCUGGGGCUUGAUCUUACUGUUUUACUUCAUUUUCUACACGUGCCUGGCGGGAAUGUUUGCCUUUUGCCUGUAUGUGAUGCUACUUACGCUGAGCCCCUACACACCCAGGUUCCGGGACCGCGUGUCUCCGCCAGGAGUGAUGAUCAGACCGUACUUGAAUGGGUUCACCAUUGCCUUCAAUGUCUCCCAGCCCAACACGUGGCAGCCCUAUGUGGACAGCAUGCACCACUUCCUAGCAGCUUAUGAUGACAAACUCCAGGAGGAGAAGAAUAUCGAGUGUGUCCCAGGACAGUACUUCAUCCAAGGGGGAAACGACAGUGAGGAGAAGAAGGCCUGCCAGUUCAAGCGCUCGCUGCUGCAGAACUGCUCUGGCAUCGAGGACCCAACGUUUGGCUACUCCAGAGGCCAGCCCUGCAUCCUGCUGAAGAUGAACCGGAUCAUAGGCUACCGCCCUGGUGCCGGGGUCCCUGUGAGUGUGGACUGCAAAGUGCAGAAAGGCAAUGAGAGUCACCUCAGGUCGGUGGACUUCUACCCUGGGAACGGGACGUUUGACCUCAUGUAUUAUCCCUACUAUGGCAAGUUCACCCACGUCAACUACACCUCCCCACUGGUGGCUAUGCACUUCACAGAUGUGCAGAAGAAUUACUUGGUCCCCAUCCAGUGCCGUCUGAAUGGGAAAGGAAUUAUCAACGACCUGAACAGUGACCGCUUCCUGGGCCGAAUCAUCUUCACACUCAGCAUUGGGAAGUAGCCCCUGCCAACACCAGGCACUUAGGUUAAAUCAGAGGCUUUUUCCUUUUUAAAGCAUCAAGCCAGCAUUUUUUUCUGCUAGGAAAAACAGGCACAUGGACAUUAUUGUUAAUUUAUUUUUGUUCAUAGUUAGGAAACCAAUGAGAUAAAAUGGGGCAUAGAUCCACAUUUUUCAUCUUCUGAUGUAAAUCAUUAUUAGUGAACAUUAAAUGUUUUCCCCUGGGGAGAGAACCUGAAAAAGAUUUUACUUUUGAUUGAAAAAAAACCUCUGGUAUCCAAAUGCUACUUUCAUAAGGUCUUUUAUGAGUGAUCCCUGUGGAAUGCAUCUUUCCUGGCUUUAAAUUUUAUUUUUUUAGCAUAGUUUUACGUACAUUUCUCAGGCAAAAGCUAAAAAGGAGGUAGUUCAUUAGCACUAUUCUUGUUAAAAUGAUAAACAGCAAAAAUUCUGGAUCAUGCCUGCAAUAUCAGAGUAGAAAAGUGAAAAUGGCAGCUCUCAAAAUGCUUUCUAGGAUCUCCAGCCCCACAAGCAUCUUGACUACAGCAUUUUACACAGCUUGUUCAGCACACCCAAGCUGCUGAGCAAGGGCCACAGAAAAUUGUUUGCCCUUGAGCCCUUCCAGCUUUUCCUUUCUAAAGUGGGAACAUUAAUGCAUUUCUCCCUCCUUCCUCCUCACUCCAGUACUUCUCUCUGUCCCAGGAAUCCUCACACCGUCUCUUGGACAGGGAUGAGUGAGAGGAGCUCUUCUCCCCUGUCUUGGUUCAUAAGUUGCCAGUGACUCCUGAUCGGGCACAGAAGUGCCUGAAGCUUUCAGACCUGUUCUUCCCCAUUCCAGAGAGGUCACAGCUACAGUGCUGCAGCAAAAUGCAGGGAAAUAACUCAGUCCUUUCACUGUUAAGGGGUCAGAGUUUGGGUGACUGUAGGUAUCAGUUUAUCACCCCCAAAGGCUGAUGAAACACAGAGUGCACUGCCCUGAGCCUCCCUCGGGUGUGACAGAGACCAGUUGCACUCUGUUUGCUGGGAGCUGUGAGAACACAGCAGGACAGGACACCUCGGGAUAAUGCACUAUUUGGAAAGCAUGCUUACUAAAAUUAAUGACUGAACAGGGGCAUUAUGGUAUGUUUGUCCUACAUCCAUAGCCAAGGAACUUUAUCUGCUGUCAUUUCCUGAUCUAUAUCAGUCUCUAAGAAGUGAUUUUUUAUAUUUAAAAUAAAGUGACUACAGUAAAAUUAA